UAUUGAACGCACGUCGCUCGUCCCCGCGAACGCGCGAUCUCAUUACGGAACCUGUGGAUUUCUAGAUUUCCUAGUGAAGUGCACUAACUAAAUAAAUAUAGUUGUUUAUUAACUACUACUGUGUGUGUGUGGAUUUGACAUUUGGAUUUCAAAAGUUUUCAACAAAGUCUGCGUUGAAUAAAUAACAGAGCCGUGAGCGGAGUAGACAUAAAGAUUUCAAUCUUCGAAUCUACAGUUCCUAUCACCACGUUUAUUGCGGCAGAUUGUGAGGAGACCUCAAGAUUAUGGAAGUCAACAAAUUCCCAUGGACGCGUUACAUAUGAAAGAAGAUAAACCGACUGGUUUCUGAGAAAAAAAGAGUUUUCAGACGAAACUGAAACAAUAGUCAUGUGAAGGAAACAUUAAAACUUGAUGCAAACUGUCAUAUCUACUAAGCAUAUCUUGGAACGCUAAAAGCUUACAUAUCUGAUUCAUUUUAUGCUAGUCACCAUUUGUGAUUACUCUAGAUAGUAAAGAAUUGCUCAAAUUUUAUAAUUUAAGUUCUCUAAGACUCGAAAUAUUGAAAUGUAUAAAAUCUAGAGAAGUUAUAGAAGUGUGAGAGAAUAAAGAUGAAGUUCUUCAGUAUGUUGUUUUUAAGAAGACGCACAUGGAUAUUAAAGGCAGUGCUGGUAUUAACGGCGUUAUGGUUCAUGGUAGCACUGCUGACUACCAAUGGUAGUAGGAAUUCCUUAGUUGCACCGCCGAUAGAAUACGAAGAUGCGGAGGCGAAACCUUACAAGAUGGCGAAACCUACCUCUGUUAAGAAGAAAAGCGAUAAUUAUGGAAAUAAUCUGUCUGAUGCAAAGAAACGGAUCAAUUGGAUGGCUCGGAUUGCUUCUAAAAAUGAGGAAGGUCUAGGUGUACUAGCGGCGCCUGGAUCAGACAACGCACCAGGAGAACUAGGAAAGCCUGUAGUUCUUCCGAAGAACGUCAGUGAAGAAACAAAGGCUGCUGUGGCUGAGGGAUGGAAGAAAAACGCGUUCAACCAGUACGUCAGCGAUCUCAUAUCGAUUAGGAGGAAACUGCCGGAUCCUAGGGACGAAUGGUGUAAAGCACCAGGGCGUUUCCUCAAAGAUCUCCCGCAGACGUCCGUCGUGAUCUGUUUCCACAACGAAGCCUGGUCCGUACUGUUACGGACGGUCCACUCCGUGCUCGACCGAUCGCCGGAGCAUUUGAUCAAGGAGAUCGUGCUUGUGGAUGACUUCUCUGAUAUGCCUCACUUGAUGCAGCAAUUAGACGACUACAUGUCGUCCCUGCCGAAAGUGCGGAUAGUCCGAGCUCCGCGCCGGGAAGGUUUAAUCAGGGCCCGACUGCUCGGGGCGCGAUACGUGACUGCGCCGGUCCUCACCUAUCUAGACAGCCAUUGCGAGUGUACUGAAGGAUGGCUUGAACCUCUACUGGACAGGAUAGCGCGAAACAAAACUACGGUCGUAUGCCCCGUCAUCGACGUAAUCGACGAUAACACUCUUGAAUUCCACUACAGAGACUCCACGUCCGUCAACGUUGGAGGAUUUGACUGGAACCUUCAAUUCAAUUGGCACCCAGUGCCAGCCAGAGAACGUGCCAGGCAUACCAAUACUGCUGAAGCAGUAUGGUCACCAACUAUGGCUGGUGGACUUUUCGCUAUUGACAAAGCAUUCUUCGAAACAUUGGGAACGUAUGACAGUGGCUUCGACAUCUGGGGAGGCGAAAAUUUGGAGUUGUCCUUCAAAACGUGGAUGUGCGGUGGGACUCUGGAAAUCGUACCCUGCUCGCAUGUAGGACACAUAUUUAGGAAACGGUCUCCGUAUAAGUGGAGGACUGGUGUUAACGUGUUGAAGAAGAAUUCAGUUCGGCUUGCUGAGGUAUGGUUGGAUGACUACGCAAAAUACUACUACCAAAGAGUUGGCAACGAUAAAGGCGACUUCGGCGACGUCAGUGGCCGAAAAGAGCUCAGGAGAAAACUAGAAUGCAAAUCCUUCGAGUGGUAUCUUAAAAACAUUUAUCCUGAACUCUUCAUCCCUGGCGAGUCAGUGGCCCAUGGCGAGAUCCGAAACGUGGGCUUCCAAAAGACGUGUUUGGAUUCACCAACGCGCAAGUCCGAUCACCAUAAACCCGUCGGACUGUACCCGUGUCACCGGCAAGGCGGCAACCAGUACUGGAUGUACUCGAAAACGGGUGAGAUUCGCCGUGACGAGACGUGCCUGGACUAUUCGGGGCACGACGUGGUGUUGUACCCAUGCCACGGAGCCAAAGGCAACCAGCUGUGGCUCUAUGAUGAAAAAUCGAAGUUACUGAAGCACGGUUCCAGUGAAAAAUGCAUGGCGAUAUCGGAAAACAAGUCCAAAAUCACCAUGGAGUCCUGCAACGAAGAUGAAAUCCGGCAACUGUGGACCCUCGAAAACUUCCGCCCCGACAGACUGGGCCCAGACCUUAUGUUUAUUUAAACCGAUAGAGUGGGUUCAGAACUAUUGUUCAUUUGAACAACGAAUGGACCCACUGCUCCUAUUGCUAUAAAUAUGGACAUUUUGAAAUUGGACACAAAUAUGUGUCUUAGUGUUGAUAAUGAAAUUAUUAUUAAUGAUUCACUUGUUGUUGAAAGCAAUGUGUGCAUAUCUGUGUUUAAAUUUAAAAGUGAUUUUAAUGACGGACUUGUUAAAUAAAAUAGUGAACCGGUGAAGUCAUAUUGUGAUGGCACUAAUGAAAUGUGAUUAGAAGUUUUGGGAAAUAGUGAUGGAACAAUAUUUCAUUCCGUUGUUACUGAAGCCGUGUUGAUGUUGUAAUAUGAAUAAAAUGCAUUUUCACUAAAAUAAUAACCUAUAAUUAAAAUGAGGUUGUGAACAUUUUAGUGAAAAGGUAUUAGAAAAUGUAAUAAAUGUAUGUCCAUAGAUUCAUGAUUUAAUCCCUUUCGAUUAAACGGGUGAUGUAAGUCGAUGUACCUAUUUCUAAAGUUUAAAUAAUUAUGCAGUUUUUGGCCUAAAUUAUAGGUUCCUUGAGGGCGAUUCGAAUCGUAUCUGUCAGUUGUCAUAGUGACAUUUCUGAUGGAAGAAAUGACACUGUUGACAGCUGACAGACCAUACCCAUAACCGUUUCGUAACAAGAUUAUGAAGUUCGAAUCGCCCUCCUUGAUUUAUGUGCCAGUGAAUUUUCAAUAAAUCUGUAUGAUUGUUUGAUAUUUAACUCCCAUUUUUAUUCCAAUGGAAAACUAGUAAUCUCAUUGGUGUAUUUAUUUAAUUUAGUAGGUUUUUAAUUGAAUUGGAUUUUAUAUUGGCAUUAAUAAUUAUAGUAUUGUUAUUUUUUGUUUUUCUAUUUCGUUAUGUUAUGAAUACAUAUUUUAUGAAAUUAUUUAGCUAAAGAGAGUAAAAAUUUAAAAUGUUUGUACAUAUCUUGAAAAUCUUGAAAUACAUAUGAUUUUUAUGAAUAGUUACAUAAAUAAAAGCUUCAUAAGUAUUGCUAACGUAGCAAUAGUAACAGAUAUUUGUAUAUUUCGAUUUGUGAUUUUUAUUAAAAGCAUAAAAUAGUACCUAGAUAUCAAUUGACUACAAAACUAGACUUUGAUAGGGUAACGAUAAAAAAGUUUGAAUAUUAUUGUUCACUUUUAUUUAGAAUAGGUAUAGAUUUUGUUUAUUAAGUUAUUUUUAGAUCGAAUUUAUUUUCAUGUACAGUCGCCAUCAGAUAUAACGGAGCGGCUAAGGUGCUCACAAAUAUCUAAACACACUUCUCUUGUCAAGGCGCAUUCAAAAAUAACUGAAGACGCAUCAGAUAUUUUGAGUACCUCGGCUGCUCCGAUAUAUCUGAUAGCGACUGUCGUUGUGUUGACUACGGAGAAAUCGUAACUAAAAUUGACUGAAAUUACGUAGAAUAGUUCAACUUUUUCUAGAUGCUCUUCGUCUAAAAUACUUAAAAUAAAUAGUUCAAAUGUAAGGUAACAUUAGUGACAACCGUUCACAAUACAUAUCUAAAGCAUAUCUGUAUUUUAUUAUAUCAAUUCAACAAUUACUUACUUUUACCAAUUGAAGAAAAAAAACCAAUAAGGAAUUUCAUUCCUAUCAACUUGUUGGUUUUAAUAAAACAUCUAAAAUUGAGUUCUUGUACAAAAUAGCCUAAAAAUAAUUUACCGACUUUAAUUGUUAUUCCAUUAUUUUCCAUUGUUAUAAGAUACUUUAACAUUCCUACAACCAUGUGAUUCAAUUGAAUAGUUAUUAGAGCGUACAAAUUCAACUGCCUGUAAAUGUAAAUGUGUGGAAACGGUUACAGCUGCGAAAUGGACUUGAUCUAAACUAAAUACAAUACCUUUCAUUCUUUUAAAUACUUGCAAUAGUUUCCUGUUUUAUGAAGUUGAUAGUUUUGAAAAAAAAGUUAAAACACGUAGUUAUUACAAUAAAAAAAAAAACAUGUUACCGUACACAGUACAAAAAUGAUUUUAGAUAUGGUUAUGUAAAAAUUUAACUCUUUUUUAUAAUUUUACUAGACCAAAUUGAAGUAUUUGGUCAAACAAAGAUAUUGCAAGUUGCACUACUGGUUAUAUACCUACAGUCAAGUCAGUAGGGUAGAGUGGGGUACCUACAGUGGAUCACGGGGGUCACAGUGAAUAAGUAUAUACCUAUUUUAAAACUUUGCUUGUACCUACACAGAUAAAGGCUCUCUAUGAGACAUUUAUCACAUG